AUGGCGGGCGUAGGCGUGUUUGUGAGUGAAGGGGAGGUGUCCCUUUUGGGCGCGGGCAGGAAGGAGGUUGCUGUGGUGGUGCUGACGCACGCGUACGUACGCGACCGAGUGGGAGUGCGCUACCUCACCAACGGCCUCAAGGUCUACUACGCACCGCGCCGCCCCGUGUGGCUGCAGUUCUCGAUGGCGGGCAUCCACGCGCGGCGAUCUGUGUGUCACACACGAGCAAGGAGAACACGGUGCUGCGCGCCGCGCCCUCGCUGCCGCCGCACCGCGGUGGCCGUCAUCCCCAACGCCGUCGACGCCAACAACUUCCUCCCCGACCCCCGCCACUGCCCCCGCGCCCCCAUGCAUGCUGCUGCUGCUGCCCGCGCGUGCGGGUGCUUCUCGGACGCUGCUGCCGCUGAUAGCGCGCGGAACGAGGCGGCAGGAGGGAGAGCAGCAGUGUGGGGCGCGGAAUGGGAUAUGGAGGAUGGGGAGGGUGCCGUGGCGUGCAGGGCUGCAGGCAGUGAGGCAGCAGCACAUGCAGCGGAUGGGGGAGGAGCAGAAACGGGGCAGGUGGGACAGUGGGGCAGAGCGAGGCAGGGGGGGCUGGGGGGAGGGAAGAGGAGGGAGGGGCAAGGGAAGGAGCGUGGAGCAGAGAAGGGGCGGAGGCGGAGACAGCAGCCAGCACGGCACACCCUCCAGCGGCUGAGCCGCCUCGUGUACCGCAAGGGCGCUGACCUGCUCUUUGACGUCAUCCCCGCCGUCUGCCACUGCUUCCCCAAGGUGCAAGCGCGUGCCACUGCAGGUGUGGUGGAUAAUAGGCGGCGACAGCGCCAAGAGGGGCGGCUGGAGGAGAUGAAGGUGCAUGUCAGCCCCACGCCCUCAUCAGACAUUGCGUCUGCACUAUUCUCGUACUCUCCAAUCCAACACCACACUGCUUUUGCUCUCUUUCCUCGCUUCACCACUCCUCCUCACUCAUCUCGCCCUUGUCGCCUCUCCCCGCCUCGCCCCCCAUCCACCUCGCACCACACAACUCUCUGCACAGUUCUCCGCUUCUGUGUGUGUCUCGCCUUGCCCACUCACUUCCUUCUCCUCUCCUCAUCUCCCCUCCUUUUGCAGCUUCCCUCUGCGCCUUCUCCCAUCCGUCCUUCUCUCACAUCUCGCUGCUGUGCGCUGCUCAAGCCUGCAUGCCAUGCCUCGCCCCUCUCUCUCUCUCUCUCUCUCUCUCUCUCUCUCUCUCUCUCUCUCUCUCUCUCUCUCUCUCUCUCUCUCUCUCUCUCUCUCUCUCUCUCUCUCUCUCUCUCGCUCUCACCCCCCCCCAGCUCGCUGACAGAGGCCUUCUGCAUUGCCAUUCUCGAGGCCGCCUGCUGCGGUCUCUUCGUUGUCGCCACGCGUGUUGGUGGCGUGCCCGAGGUGGGUGAGGUGCGGUCCGGUGCUACCACCGGACAUGAUGCUGCUGGCGGACCCCCGCCAGACAUAGUGGACGCCAUCGCACAGGCCAUUCAGAUCGUGCCACGUGUCAACCCCCAGGCCAUGCACGAGCGGAAUUCACUCUUCUUAAGAUCAGCGGCUCCCACGCCGUGCCAUGGGCUUUGUGCACCCGCUCUGCCUGCCGCACUCUGUGCUGCGGCCUCUCUGCGCACUCUGUGCUGCGCCUCUCUGCCGCACUCUGUGCUGCGCCUCUCUGCCGCACUCAUGCCCCCCUCCCCACUGUCCCCCACCCUGCUGCCCUCCACCACGCGCAUCUCCUGGUUGCACCGCAUCACCACGCGCAUCUCUUGGUUGCACCGCAUCACCACGCGCAUCUCCUGGUUGCACCGCAUCACCACGUGCAUCUCCUGGUUGCACCGCAUCACCACGCACAUCUCCUGGUUGCACCGCAUCACCACGCGCAUCUCCUGGUUGCACCGCAUCACCACGCGCAUCUCUGGUUGCACCGCAUCACCACGCGCAUCUCCUGGUUGCACCGCAUCACCACGCGCGCAUGGGGAUGGGGGGCGGCCAGGUGUCGCGCAUGUACAGCUGGCACGACGUGACGGAGCGCACGAGGAGCGCGUGUACGACCGCGUCAUGGCCAUGCCGCUCGACGACCUGCCCACCCACCUCUCCAGUGCGCCCACCCGCCUCUCCAGGUGCGCCCACCCGCCUCUCCAGUGCGCCCCCCCGCCCUCUCCAGGGCGCCCAUGGCACCCGCUCGCUCCUCCGCCCCUCACACCACCUCUCACUGGCUUGCUGUCACUCGAGAGCGCUCCUCUGUCACUCGAGAGUGCUCCUCUGCCUCUGCCUGAGCUGUGCCUCGCACGUCAACCUCCCACCUCACACUCGCUGCACUCCCGAUCCGCCUCACUGGAUUUCGCAUGA